CUGCAUAUGUAUAUAUGCCCCCGCUGCUGUUAAAAGCGUAAUAUAUCCCGAAGGGCUUUAGUUUCGCCUAGCACGUAGUCACACGUGCAUAGCGCACAGAGGCCGUGAUCUUUCUCUCUCUCUCGCCGUCUAUACUAUACAUACGCGUCCCAUCCGGUAAAUGCGACGACUUGUUGCUCGCCGCGUUGCACAGUCAAUGUUACGCUGUCGUUGACUACGGUCGUGAAGUCACUUAGUCUCGUAAAGAGUCUUUCUCUCGUCUUUUUGAUAAGCAAAACCCAUCGUCGUUCUCGAUGUCGCGCGAUGCCAACUCCUAUAUGCCGUAUGUAGUACAUAUGUGUAGCACACAUGUAGACUAGAGGUUCGACGAACUUGUUGGCGGGAGAAGUUACUUUAUACGAUGUCGCUUCUCCGUUCACACCGCUGCUGGAUACUCGCUAAGAUAUUUGCAACGCGCGCGAAUAUUUCGUAAGAAGAGGCGCACUUUGCUAAAAAAAAAAAAAAAAAAUUGUCUCCGCGAAUCACAACUCCGCGAAGGUGUUGAACUUCCCGCCGUCCAAAACGUGCUGGAAGGGACGAGGUAUUGCGUUACGGGUUUCAAAUGCUCUUUCCCCGAUACACUUCAAGUUCCAGGAGAAUGUUCGGCGCAAGUGUCGUUUGUUAAUGUGAGCAGAAGUUGACAAACGAAAUGGAUUCAAAGUAGAAGCGAAUUCUCGAGACGUAUGUACCUACUAACCGGAAUGAAAGUAAACGCGAAGAACGCGUGAAGCGAAACGCGAUCGGGGAAGUAUUUUGAAUCGGGUUCCAGAUAUUGAAUUUGACGAACCGGGUGGACUCCACCGAUAAUAUUGUCGACAAUUUGUGAAUAUCUCCGUGUUGACACGACGGAGUAUUAUCAAGAAGUGCGAUAAAAUUCUUAUUGAUCGUCUCUUGCAUUUGGUUCUCAAACGCGGGAGGCCAAGUGAGUCGAACACACAACGUCUCACAAUGUCAACGGAAUAUCUAAAAAGAUUAUCUCUGGUGUUGCGCGAGUGACAUUUAGUGCCUGCGACUACGAAGAUGGUGCGCGGUUUGUCGCAGUGGACCAAGACCCUGAGCUUUCCGGCGAGGGUGUCACCUCAGAGACCGAGCAAGGAGUCCAAGAGCUUUCACGUAAGCCCCAGUGCUAGUCCCACGUCACCGCCCAGCCCAAUCAAUGACACCAUGGACAAAAUGCCUAUAAUUACCGACGAGAACUUCCAAGACACGGAAGCAGAAAAGGCAAUAAUGAGCUCCAUCGUUUACUGUAUUCAUCACAAGGACGGCUGCAAGUGGUCGGAUGAGCUGAGAAAAUUGAAGGCGCAUUUGAACACGUGCAAACACGAUGCGGUUCCUUGCGGCAAUAAAUGCGGUGCAAUGAUUCCACGAGUACUGAUGGAAGACCAUCUGAAGUACACCUGUGCUCAGCGCAGAGCUCGUUGCGACUUCUGUGCCAAAGAAUUUACCGGACAUACCUUAGAGAAACACACGGGAACGUGCGGUUACGAGCCUCUGUAUUGCGAGAAUAAAUGCGGAAUGAAAGUGCAGAGGCGACACCUCGGUCAGCACAAGUUGGGAGAGUGUGCCAAGAGGCUCGUCGCCUGUCGUUACUGUAACAAGGAGUUUGUUUUCGACACGCUCGGAGCCCACCACGCCAAGUGUGGCCGAUUUCCGGUAGCGUGCCCUCACCGUUGCGAAACCGCGGUGCUGCCGCGAGAGGAUCUCGAAAUUCAUCUGAAGGAUCAUUGCACCACGCAUUUACUUUCCUGUACCUUCAAGGACGCCGGUUGCCGCUUCAAGGGAAACAGAUUUUCGCUAGAUAAACAUCUGGAGGAAUCGGCAAAGAUGCAUCUAAGUCUUAUGUGUAGUCUCGUGACAAAGCAACAGCAUCAAAUAACUAGUCUGAAAUCGGCGAUAAGCAAACUGUCGCUAAAUUACACAGGCACCCUUAUAUGGAAGAUCACGGACUACGCGGCUAAGAUGUCGGAAGCGAAAGCGAAGGAGGGAAUGGAGCUCGUCAGUCCACCUUUUUAUACUAGUCAAUACGGAUACAAGUUACAGGCUUCGAUUUUCCUGAACGGAAACGGAACCGGAGAAGGCAGUCACAUCUCGAUAUACAUAAAGAUCCUGCCCGGCGAAUACGACGCGCUUUUGCGAUGGCCGUUCUCGCACAGCGUGUCGUUCACGAUGUUCGAUCAGACGGUCGUUGCGGAGAAAGCCUGCAACAUCGUAGAGAGCUUCAUACCGGACCCGACCUGGAAGAACUUUCAGCGACCGAGUCGCGAGCCCGAUUCCCUCGGCUUCGGCUUUCCGAGAUUCGUUUCUCACGAGAUGGUGAAGAAACGACACUUCGUCAAAGACGACACGAUGUUCAUUCGGGUUAAAGUAGAUCCGAGUAAAAUUGUAGCGGUUUGAAGAACAAUCAUUCGCUUUGAAGUGUCGCAAUUUCAGAAACGGAAUUUUUUAUGUGAUAUUUUCGAGAUUUCUUUAAUAUGUUGCUUUUAUAACGUUAAUUCUAAAUAAUAUGAGCGGUACUCGAAACGUAAACCAAUUUAUGAGCCAUCUAAAAUGCUGAGUAACUACGAUACUCAAUUACGUCAAAACCAGCAAACUCUAUUGAAUUUUAUCGCUGGUCGAAAUAGAUUUCUGUCGUUUUUUUCGCACUUUUUUAUUAUAAAAAAUAUUUUACCUACAAUUGUAGAACCACUAAUUUAUUAAACUUGCCAAACAAUGGGUUGCAUUUAAUCUCUUAAAUUUCUUAAUUUUUGUACUUAAAGAAAAAUUUAUUAUUGUGUGUGUAAUCUUCUAUAUCUUUCAUGUAUAAA